CUAUCCCCUCAUCAGCGGAGGGGGUCAAACUCCUAUUCUGCUUACAGGUUGUGUCAGUGGCCCAUUACUUUCCUUUCUACUACAUGAUAGUUCUUCUCCCCAGGCCAAGAAACAGAUUUCAGCCUGCAUUUUUACAACGCUAAGCUGUCUUGCACCUGGGUUCCCUCCCUGCGAGAAGCAAAGUCACAGGGAACCAGGCAGAGGGCCUUCUCGAUAGUGGCACCCACCCUGUGGAACGCCCUCCCAUCAGAUGUCAAGGAAGUAAACAACUAUCUGACAUUUAGAAGACAUCUGAAGGCAGCCCUGUUUAGGGAAGUUUUUAAUGACUGAUGUUUCUAAUGUAUUUUUAAUGUUGGAAGCCGCCCAGAGUGGCUGGGGAAACCCAGCCAGAUGGGUGGGGUAGAAAUAAUUAUUAUUAUUAUUAUUAUUAUUAUUAUUAUUAUUAUUAUUACAUUAACUAACUCUAGAAAUUAGUGGUACCCAGAAGUUUUAGGGGAUCUUUGCCUCCUGCAAACCCAUAGCAAUAAUAAUAAAAAACAAAGCAAUACCUUUAAGCAGAGGUUGGAUGGCCAUCUGUCAUGGAUGCUUUAGUAAGAUAUUCCUGUACUGCAGGGGGUUGGAUUGGAUGACCUUCAGGGUUACCACCCAACACGACAAUUCUAUGAUUCUGUAACAGUUUAAAAACCAUGUAGAGGGCACAUGAAGAAAGACCUCUGAUUUAGACUAGAAGAUGUGGAAUAUUGAUGUGUGUUUUAAUCUGUGUUUACUUUAUCACUGAUUUUAAAUUUUUGGACUGUUUUAAGUAGUUGUUUUUAUUGAUAACUUCAUUCUUUUUGUAAACCACUUUGAGGCUUUUCACAAUGAAGUGGCACAUAAAUUUUGUGAAAUAAAUAAUUUACACCACAUUUGAAGCGCAUGAGAACUGUAGUUCACACAGACACACACACACGCACACACACACACACACACACACUUUGAUUUUCCAACACCCUUAACAAACUACAACUCCCAAUAUUUGAGUUUUUGUAGGGGGGGCAACAUAUGCUUUAAAUGCAUGGGGUAUGUACACAGCCUAGGUUUCGGAGUGUGGGGAACAAAAUAGGCAGGUAAAUUUCCAGGCUUAGCAAAACAGAUUGUAAUCUCAAAGCAUUCUAAACUGACUUUUCCACAGCCCCUCCUUAGAAAUCUCUGAAGAAGUUGGCAAUGCUUAAAUUUCCUUGAUCUUAUGAGCCUAACCUAGCAGGAAGAUUUUAAUAACUGUGCUAUUACUGCCUGUUCCUUGUUUAUCACUCUGCAGCACUUAACGGUGAUUUCUUUUCAUUCCGUUUUUUCAACACUGUCUGUCAGAGCACUCUGUACUUUGAUGGUGUGAAGCAAGCCAGUACUUCCCCUGCCCUCUUCCAGCCUGGAGCAGAAACGAAGGGCAUCUCUGCACUCCAAAUCUAUUGCAUAUAGGUUUUAUACCAGCUUAACCAGUUUCAUUUCUCCCCAAGGAUCCUGGAGAUUGUAGGGCUAAUAAUUCUGUUAGUGGCAUAGUGAUUGGAAUUACAGAGACAACUACCUGAAGGCAGAACUUAAGAACUCCUUUGGUUCUCUUUUCUGAGUUAGAGAUCCCUUGCUUUUUUCUUGCAGAACGAUUCCUCCCAGGUUCCCUGGCGAGAGGAAAUCACCACUAAGCCAGUUUACAUCUGCGUUGGAUAAGCCCUAAAGGUUUACAGGUGCUUCAUGGGAAUUAGGUCAGUAGCUUUGCUGGAAAAGGGAACGAGAGCAGGUGUGGAUUCAUCCAAGCAGUGCUAUGGUCCUGGAGCCAGAUAUCAGCUCCCCGGUUAAGAGACCACAGAGGCCUCACUCUGGCAAGGUAUGGGGUAUCUCGUUUUAUUAUAUUCAGCAUUUCAAAAUAUGAUUGAGCGUGCGAACGAAAAGCUGAUCUUAUGAAUGCAUAUUGGUGCUCUUAUUGUGGGAGAGCCAAAUGUCAUGCUGUUGUGUGAUUAUUUCUAGAUAUCUGAGAUCAAAUGUGGCCUACCCUUUUGGGGGGUAUACUUUGAUCCGCAAAGAGGGAGGAAAGAUACAGUGUCAUGUCUGCGAGUAGGCCUUGGAUUAUUCAGCCCUGAUGAAAUUGCCAGGUUGCGUUUUGUCUGCAUCCGUUUUUUAUAUGAGAUGCUUUUGAUGAAUUACUUUGCUGCGAGACCAGUUUUGCAUAAGUCUUAGGUCCAUAAUGGAGUAUCCCUGGUCCCGCUCAGCUCUGGGAGGAAACAGGAAUGGUGGGUGUCAACCAUAGGUAGGCCUGCAUCAACACCCCUCCCACCCCCACCCCUCCAAAAAAUAGGAUGAAAGAUGACAGCAUAGUUUAUAUGUGAAGAUGCAAAUUUAAAGAGACCUACAAUAAUUUAAACUGAAGUACAAUAACAGUCUUAUAGUGGGGGACAUUCUGAACUGCUGUGCCUGUUCCGGCUCCUAUCCCUGUGCCGAAUAUUGAUGUGCAACUUCAAGGCCCCUGUUCUCCAUUAGGGCUCUUUUAAUUUGGACUUGGGCUGUCCUUUUAAUUCAGAGUGAGACACGUGGCUGCUCUUGGCUCUGAUCCAUGUGAGAAUCUUGGCACCUGUGAUGCAUUACUAAGGAGGAAUCCAAAGUUUCUGAGGAAAGCCCAAUGCUGCUCAGCUGAGAGGUGUGGGGGUGGAGAAAAGAUUGGUUAUCAAGAAGGCGAACAAAUGCAAAGAAGCCUGUUAAAUAAAUCAUCUUUUAAAUCAACCUUUGUUCAUUUGAAAUGUAGCUGUGCAUACUGGUACAGCAGCAUGAGAGACUGCAGAAGAAAAUUCUGAGGGCAAACUACACAAGCAGGUAAGUUUUUUCCCUGACUCUUCUCCUUCAGAUUUUGUUGUGUGUGUUUUUUAAAAAAAAGAUUGCUGGGUUUUGGGUCAAGGUUCCUGCCUUAUCACUUUCAUGUAAUUCUGAGAGCUAGAAACUUGUGUGUAAUAUAUACACAAAUGAUAAGAAUCACAGGAAUCCAUCUGAUUCCACAUGCUGAAAUUUUAUUUAUUUGUUUAGAGUUUCUCAAAUUUGAUUACAUUAUGUUUAUUAAAAGUGUGUGCCCCUUUUCUUGCAAAUUAGCUAUGAAAAGAAGGAAUAAGCACACAUUAUGCUGACUUUGCAUAGCUCAUAGGGGAGUGGGAUCAUGCUUGCUGGCUUCCUAGCCUAUGCACACCUGUAAAUGAGCUUGCUUGCAUUACAAGGCCCUGUCUAUUCUGUUCCUGAUCACAUUUGGGCUCUCGCACAGGUUAUGAUGAACAUUUGUAGAGGGCAGAGGUGGGACCCAUGGGGUGAUCCUGCUCCCACCUUCAACAAAACAUAGGAAGACCCUAUAGAUAGUACUUGUCAAGCAAGUGGGCUUGUGUUAAGCUAGAACUGCUAGUUUGUGAUUGGAGCUUUUUUUAUAUAAAAAAAUACAGGUAUUCGUUUUAUUAAAUAAUAUGACUAGGGACCCAGGAAUCAGCUGUUCAGUGGUAAUUAGAAUGACAAGAAUAAUACCUGCAGGGAAGCAGAAUGCCACUUAGUCCAAUCUUCCACUCAUUAACCAUCAUCUCUUUACAUAUUAACUACAUCAUCUAGAUUAUAGUAUACUACCAGCAAAGCAAGGGUGAUCAAAGUACACAAUUAUUACAGAGACUGGAACUGCAGCAUCAUUACUAAGCUGCCCUGCUCCUCUGGAGUGGGGAACAGGUUCAGCAGAAUUUAACUUAGCUUAUUAGCCAACAAUUAUCUGUGGUUACCACCUAUCCCUUGCCUUUGCACAGUGGGAGGACUCAGGCAGAGAACUUAGUCUUUCACCUAGCACUGGGCUUUGUAAAGAGGUUUUACCAUUACCUCAAAUAGAAUAAGAGCUCAUCUCUCCUCUGAGAUCUCCCACCUGAGCCCAUUGAGAAUAUUGCUCCAUUUCUGGUUGUCCCCUCAACUCCUUCUAAUAGAAGUGUAGUCAAUAAGAAAAAGAGAGAGAGAGUCUUCUCCACUGUGGCAUCUGGAUUAUGAAGCAUUUGCCCCAGGGAGCUUCAUCCGGCUGCCCCCCUCAUUGCCUGCUUUUAAGAGGCCACUGAAAAAUGUGUUAUUUGAGUAAGUGUAUUUCCCAUGGUUGUUUCCCCCCUUCUGUUUUUAUUCUUGCUGGUUAAUUUUUUAUUCCAUUUUAUUUAGUUACAAUGUGUUAAGAUAAAACACGAUAAGCUGUCUUGAAGUAGGCAUUUUGCCUAGAAAGGAAUGUGCAUUUUACAAUAAUAAUAAUAAUAAUAAUAAUAAUAAUAAUAAUAAUAAUAAUAAAUUUUAUUUAUAUCCCGCCCUCCCCAGCCGAAGCCAGGCUCAGGGCGCCUAACAACACUAAAAUAGUGCAACAUUAUAAAAACAUUAUAAAAAUUAAUUAAAGUCAAAAUUGAUGGCAACCAUAAACUAAAGUUUUGUAAAGAUUGCCAAAGGAGGGAGUCAGGCUGCGCCCUGACCAAAGGCCUGGUGGAACAGCUCUGUCUUGCAGGCCCUGUGGAAAGAUGUCAAGUCCUGCAGGGCCCUAGUCUCUUGUGACAGAGCGUUCCAUCAGGUUGGAGCCUCAGCCGAAAAAGCCCUGGCUCUAGUUGAGGCCAGCCUAACCUCUCUGUGGCCUGGGACCUUCAAGAUGUUUUUAUUUGAACACCGUAAGUUCCUCUGUGGGGCAUACCAGGAGAGGCGGUCCCGUAGGUACGAGGGUCCUAGGCCGUAUAGGGCUUUGAAGGUUAAAACCAGCACCUUAAACCUGAUCCUGUACUCCACCGGGAGCCAGUGCAGCUGGUAUAGCACCGGAUGAAUGUGAUCUCGCAGCGAAGACCCCGUAAGGAGUCUCGCUGUGCCAUUCUGUACCCGCUGGAGUUUCUGGGUCAGUCUCAAGGGCAGCCCCACGUAGAGCGAGUUACAAUAAUCCAGUCUGGAGGUGACCGUCGCGUGGAUCACAGUGGCUAGGUCAGGGCGAGAGAGGUAAGGAGCCAACUGCUUAGCUUGGCGGAGAUGAAAAAUGCCGCCUUUGUUAUAGCUGCAAUCUGCGCCUCCAUGGAGAGGGAGGUAUCGAAGAUUACACCCAAACUCUUAACAGACGGUGCUGGCACUAAUUGCACCCCCGCAAGAGAUGGGAGUUGCCCCCUCAAUCCCAUAUCGUCCCGUCCCAGCCAGAGGACCUCUGUCUUCAAAGGAUUUAACUUCAACCGGCUCCCACGUAACCAUCCAGCCACAGCUUCCAAGCAUCUGAUCAGUGUGUCUGGGGCCGAGUCAGGAUGGCCAUCCAUCAACAGAUAGAGUUGGGUGUCAUCAGCAUACUGAUGGCAGCCCAGCCCAAAACUCCGGACAAGCUGGGCGAGGGCGCAUAAAGAUGUUAAAAGCAUCGGGAGAGUAUCGCACCCUGGGGCACUCCACACACCAAGGAGUGGCGGGAUGACAAUUCCCCCCCAAGCGCCACCCUCUGUCCCCGACCAGAGAGAAACGAGCGCAGCCAUUGAAGGACUGUGCCCUGGAUCCCCACGUCGGCAAGGCAGUGGUCCAGGAGUUCGUGAUCGACCAUGUCGAAGGCUGCUGACAGGUCUAGAAGAAUCAGCAGCCCCGACCCGCUUCGAUCCAGCUGCCUGCAGAGAUCAUUUGUUUGGGCGACCAGAGCCGUCUCGGUCCCAUGACCAGCGCGGAAGCUGGACUGGAAUGGAUCCAGAGCCGAUGUUUCAUCCAGAAACCUACCAAGCUGUUCAGCAACCGCUCUCUCAAUCACCUUACCCAGGAAUGGAAGAUUCGAAACCGGGCGGUAAUUGGAUAGAUCUAAGGGAUCUAAUGAUGUUUUCUUUAAAAGCGGGCGCACCACUGCCUCCUUCAGUUCCCCUGGGAAUGUCCCAGUGCCAAGGGACAAAUUGAUGAUAUCCCCCAGGGGGGCCCGCACCUCGUCUGGACACGCUCUAAUCAGCCAGGACGGGCACGGGUCAAGAGGACAAGUGGUGGGCUUUCCAGCUCGGAGGAGUCUGUCCACAUCGGCUGGGGAUAUCCGGUCAAAGUGGUCCAAUACUGGACCCGAGGACAGUCGAGGGGCCUCCAGUUCCUUUAUUGUAUCCAAAUUGGCAGGGAGGUCAUGGCAGAGCAACAGGACCUUCUCCGCAAAAAAGCUCGCAAAUGCCUCACAGCUGUGUGUCAAAUUGUUAUUUAAAUUUGGCUGUCCUUCAAGGGACGUUAAAGACCGAAUUAUACUAAAUAAUUGCGCCGGGUGAGAGCUAGCGGAGGCCGAGAAGUAGGACUUCUUAGCAGCCUUCACUGCCAUCUCGUAGGUUUUCAUAAAUGCCCUAUAAGAUGUUCUUGAGGCUCCGUCACGGGCACCCCGCCAUACUCGCUCUAGCCGCCUGAGGUCCCGCUUCAUUUUCCGGAGCUCCUCGGUAAACCAGGGAGCCCGGUUUCUGCGGGGUCGCAGAGGGCGCUUAGGUGCGAUCUCAUUGAUUGCUGCCAGGAGCUGGGUAUUCCAGCCCUCAACAAGCUCAGUCAAUGAGUCGCCAGGUGGAGAAAGGUCCCGCAAGGCUUGACGGAAUCUAUCAGGUUCCAUCAGCCUCUGCAGGCGAGCCCAAAUCGGCUCGCCACCUUAGCAGGGUGGGGGUGGAACGUCAAUCCUGGCUUUCAGAGCGUAGUGAUCAGACCAUGGCACCUUCAUCGAAGGAAACAUGAUCACAUCUAUACCGACGCCAAAGAUCAAAUCCAGCGUGUGGCCUGCUUGAUGUGUGGGGCCUGAAACAAACUGGGAGAGCCCUAGUGUCGCCAUGGAAGACACCAGGUCCAGAGCCUGUGAGGAGGGAGUGGCAUCAGCAUGGAUGUUGAAGUCCCCCAAUACCAAUAGGUUAGGGAACUCCAAGGCCCAGCCGGCCACUGCCUCCAGCAGGCCUGACAGGGUGGCUGCUGGUGCGCUAGGUGGCCGGUACACCAGCCAGACAGCCAAGCUCACCUCGGAGCCCCACACUAGGCCAACACAUUCAAUGCCGGGGAUCGAUGGCGAUGGUAGAGCCCUGAAAGAACAAUCUUCCCGGAUUAAUAAUGCCACCCCUCCCCCCCAGCCCACAGUCCGCGACUGGUGGAGGACGGAGAAACCCGGGGGCGCCAUCUCUCGUAAGGUAACAGUAUCCCCUUCGCGCACCCAGGUCUCCAUCACACAAGCCAGGUCGAACCCCCCCCCCCGAGAUGAAGAAAUCUCGCAGGGUGGCAGUUUUGUUGCCUAUAGACCUGGCAUUGCACAACACCAGUGACGGAGGUGAGUAAUGGGGCGCAGAUUGGAAGGGGAUGGGGCGCAGAUUGGAAGGGGUACGAGCAUAUCUGUAUCUCGAUCCCCUUCGCCUAUGGCAUCUGCCCCCACCGCCAUACCUCCCUCGCCCCUCCACAGUAGGAAUCCCAAGCCUCAUACUCGCCUCCAUUUACAAAAUAUAAAAGCAAACAAACAAAAAACAAUUACACCAAAACAAAACCAAUCCCCACCCCACUCAACAACCAUCCCACCCCAACCCAAAAUAAAACAAAACAAAAUAAAAAUACAUGGAUAAAAACCACCAUUUAUGGUGGUACAACAAAGUAAAAAGUAAAAACACUUUUAGAACACUUUAAAAUAUAUAAAAACAUUUUAAACAUUUGCUGCAGCAGCACCAGUGUCCUUAAAGUUGUGGCGGUGGUGAGUGUGGGCCCCGCCCCCUGGCCUGGUGAAGUGGGCUUGCAGGGGGAAGAGCCCUCCCCACAAACUCACAGCGAAGCGGCAGCAGCAAUGUCCCGAGGCCUCCUUGGAGCCUUAUAUGCUGAGGUGGAGUAUGGGGCCCGCCCCCAGGCCCAAGGUGGAGAAUGGGCUUGCAGGGGGAAGAGCCCUCCCCACAAACUCACGGCAAAGCGGCAGCAGCAAUAAACCUGCAAGCAGCAUGCAUGAGAGACUCCUGUUAUUUCUUACCUUUUCCAAACAACAGUUCAAAGGCCUCUUUUCUCAACCCCUCUUCAGUUUACUGUAUAGGAACUCCGGGAAAAGAGAGAGGAUUUUUUGUGCUAUACGCUGGAUGGAGGGGUGGUUGCCAUUCAUUUGUUCUGGUGACCAGAUUUGUGGAAUCCUGCCUAUGAGUUCUAUGCUUUCUUUCACCAUACUUCAUCAUAUGCCUAACAUUUGCUUUUUCACACUGCUGGCUCCGCUGAAUAAGCUGCACACUAUCCCCGAUUUCUGUGUGUUAUCUAUAGUUAUCUGCAGGGGGAAAGACAACAUGCAUAGGCUUCCCCCCUAAAGACAUCCAUGACUAGCAUGUGGACAUCAGGAGUACAGCUGAGAGAUGCCAUGUGGCUUUGAAAGCAGGAUCAGUGGCAUGGCCCCACUGCCCCUUGGACACGCAAAUAAUGAGGGAACUAAGCUGUCCCUGUAAGAGAUGCUGUGGUCCUCACUAACUCUGUGAUAGCCUUGGCUAGUUGGUGAGUCAGUCAAUAUGUGUUUGUGCUGUACAAGAGGCCUGAACCAAGUGUGAGUUGCUAUGUGCAAAUGAGAGGGAAUGACAAACAAUUUAGAAAAAAUCAUUCAUGAGUAGCUUGUGCCGUUUAUUCUAGUAAUGUGUGAUGUCUACAUAGUAUUUUCAAAGAAAAAUCUUGCUAAAGUGCUAUGAAUAAUCAGGGCAUCAAUUUAUCUCUCAGAGGAAAAUAAUCCAGAUUAAUCAGUACCUUCUUCUCUGUCCCCACAAAAAAAAAUCAAAACCUGGAAUUGUCUCAGUAUUUCUAUAAUUGUCCUGGUUCCUUUUAUGAGCACCUUCUUAGGCUCAUUCCACUGGACUAGUUUUCCUUAACAAGGCUCUUUUUCCUUCCAUGAGCAUCUUUGCCAGCAGAGUAAUAUUAUUAUUUUUUAUCCCUUGUGACAGAAACGAUGUCUCCUCUUCGGCCCAGGGAAUGCAAACUGACCAAAAAAGAGGCAGAGAACUAUGGAUUCUGUCUGCGCCUUGAGAAAUAUAAAGCAGGGCACCUGAUCCGGAAUGUGGCAAAGGGGAGUCCAGCUGAGAAGGCUGGCCUGAAAGAUGGAGACAGAGUCCUGAGGGUCAAUGGGAUUUUUGUAGACAAAGAAGAUCAUGGAACGGUAUAGAACAAUUUCAUUUGGGGGUCCUUUCUGCUGCCAGACAAACAGGAAAUAUUGGUACAUCAUGCGGCCUGAUCCCGGGCUCAUCAAUUUAAAAUCUUUACCUUUUCAAAAAACUCAGGGUGCCUUACAUUGAUUUAAACCGAUAAAAUAACCAUAACCACCACCACCUUGAUCAUGUGCAGCAGCAAUAAAAUUAUUCAGCAAUUGCCCAUCUCCUCUGUUAAAAGUCUGGCAGUUCCCAAAGGCAUUUCUAAAUCAUAGAAUCGUAGUGUUGGAAGGGAUCCCAAGGAUCAUCUAGUCCAACCACCUGCAAUGCAGGUGGCCCAUAUGGGUAUCGAACCUGAAACCUUGGCAUUAUCAGCACCAUACUCUAACCGACUGAGCUAACUACGAUGAGGGACAUGACUCCUUAGCCCAAGGGUGGCUAACCUGCAGGUCGGUGGCCUGAUCUGGCCCCUCCAACAAUUUUUCUGCCCACCUAAGAUCCUACCAGUUUGGGUGACAUCAACAAAAAGGGGGAGUAUGAGAGUAUGGGAUAGCUCCACCAACUUUUAGUCACACCCAUCGUGGACAUGUGGCCUCUGAGGGGUUAGCCAAGGGUGAAUGUGGCCCUCAGGACUUAGCCCCAGGGCCAUGACUAAAAAGGCCAUGCUUCUAGCCAUAGGCAGCCUCUCUUUUCAUGAAACAUGCAGCAGGGCCUUUUAAUAUUGAGAGCAGCCUUAACUGGCAAGCAGUUUAUACAGACCGAACUGCUCCCUGUGGCAUGUUUGUCCCAUUACAUUUAAUAAGAUUUACUCCUGGGUAACCCAUGUGCAUAGGGCUGAAACCUUUGGGCAUAUAUAACUUGCAGGUCUCCACUCACAGCACUCCAGUUUCCUAGAGGAAUUGAUUAUUAAACCCAUUUGUAUCCGUAGUGUAGAUAUAUCAUUAGAGAUUUGCUACACCAAACGUUUUCUGUUUCCCCCCUCCAGCAUGGGCACCCAGAGGUAACUUUAUGGGAUUCCUGUAUUGUGACUACUGUAUUUUGUCCCCCAUAUGUAUUGCACGUAUCCUGCAGUCUCCUUUGUCAGUAGGUCUCCUCUUGUACAAGGCAACAGGAAAUACUUAGAUGAGCUAUUUUACUACUACCUGUGAUUACUACUGAAACGCUCGUUCUGCCCCAUACAGGUGGCUGAUUUAGUUAGGGAAAGUGUGGACUCUGUAUCAUUCCUUGUUUUGGAUGAAAAAUCUUAUGAAGAUGCACAUAAGGAAGGGGUCAAUUUUGAAGAGUUGGGUCAAACAUUACCAGUCCAGCAGCAAGCAGAAAACACUUCAGUUGUGACAAAUGGAGAACCUGGCCCAGUUACACACCCCCGCCUCUGCUAUCUGGUGAAAGAAAAAAACAGCUAUGGCUUCUCUCUGAAGACAACGGAAGGUGAGAACAAUAAACACAGACAAUGCACAUGUAGCAUUAUAUAAUAUGCAUUGUAUGCAUUCUGGAGCUGGCGGUGGGCUUGGUAGUUCAAUACAAUUUCUUUAUUUUGCUUUCAUAGAAAGCACAUGUUCCCAAGCCCUUUGUUGAAGACCAUUAUUUGGAUUGUGAGUUCUCAUGGUAAUGAUAUGAAAAGGUAUUCGAAUUAUUCUGAAACUCUGCUGAAGUGCCAGAAGGAACAGCACAAACCUUCUGGAAAUAUAAAGGCUUUGGUUGGAAACAUUUCAGCUACAGGGACAGGCUAGCACAUACAUUUUCCCCCUACAGCUGAUUCACACAUCACACAGCAUCUGAGUGGUUUUCCGUUGAAAUGAGAUGUGGGGCAGCAGAGUGUAGCAUUUUAGGGGGUGAAAAUUAAUUUUGGCAAAUUUCUUCAGUGAGGGGUCUUAAAAUUAUGUUUUUGGGUGUGAGAAAUACAAAUCUUUUUGUGACUGGACAACAUUUAGCUUGGUAAGUCUACAUUUGAUGAAGACGCAGAUAAGCUGUUUUUGGAAGACAAAAGAUUUUAAAUUUUACCUUCUGAAAAUCUCAGGUAAUGUGGAAUAAUAACAACAACUAAUAAUAAUAAUAUAAUAUGACUGCAAGUACUUGGCAAUGAAAGUGUCUUCCACAAUAACAGCAAGAGAACUGAGGUGGAUGCAAUAUAUCUGCUUUUUGUCACAACUCUUAAAAAUUAUAUCCAAGGGUAUAAAGAAAGAUCUCUAUCUAGGUAUUUUUACCGUGUUUCAUGCUGGCAGUCACUGGCACAUUUUGUAACUGCCCAAGAAAGACUUGUUCCUUUCAAGACAGGAAGCACUUACAUACAGCAAUACAAUCAUAAGCCAGGUGCUAAUAAACAAUGGGAAAACAAGUAGUAUUUAAUAAGCAACUAUUCUUGCUGGUGGCAAUCAUCAACCAACAUAAACAAGUAUAAUAAUCUUCCCCAUGGCAGUAUUGAACAUGGCAUAAAGAAAGGUUGGGCUUUAGAGAGUGAAUGGCUUCCCUCUUGAAUUCCUGGGGCAUAGAAAGCAGACAUGGUUAUUUCCAGUUGGAUCACAAGUUUACUGCCAUUUCAUGUUCCUUGAACAAAACUGUCUCAAGUCUAUAGGGCUCCUAUUGUUAUGCCAUUGCUGAGUAACACAGAACAUGGCGAGUUAUUUAGAUCUGCCCUGGUUCUGUCUAUUCCAGGUCACAAGGGAUUGUUCAUUAUAGAUUUGGCCCCACAAGGACCAGCUGCAUUAGCCGGAGUGCAGCCCAAUGACCGCCUGAUCGAAAUCAAUGGAGAGAAUGUGGAAAACGACACUCAUGAGGAAGUAGUCGAGAAGGUAUCGCCAAGCCUAAACCUCAAGACCUCAGCCUCCACCCUGUUCCUCAAUCGUUGGUUAGGUUUUCCCCCACAGAUCUAAGAUUGUGGUCCUGAAUGAAUGCAGGCAACCAUUUUCCCAGGGUUAACUCAUCACAGUACAGUGGUACCUCGGGUUAAGAACUUAAUUCAUUCUGGAGGUCCGUUCUUAACCUGAAACUGUUCUUAACCUGAAGCACCACUUUAGCUAAUGGGCCUCCCGCUGCUGCGGCUGCGCAAUUUCUGUUCUCAUCCUGAAACAAAGUUCUUAACCCGAGGUACUAUUUCUGGGUUACUAUUUCUGAGUCUGUAACCUGAAGCGUCUGUAACCUGAAGUGUCUGUAACCCGAGGUACCACUGUAUGUAUCUGUCUGCUUAAGCAUAGGAACAUAAGCUGCCAAAGUGAGACCGUUGCUCCAUAUUACUUGGAAUUAUCUAUAUUCACUGGCAGUUGCUCUUCAGGGUUUCAGGCCUGUCCUACCUGGAGAUGCCAGACAUUGAACCUGGGACCUCCUGCAUGCAAAGCAGAUGCUCUACCACCGAGUUUCAUUAAGCAUGACAGGUGAUUGACAGGUGGGUUGCCCUGGCCAUCUGUUAAAGUUGGCCCCAAAAGAUCUCCCACCUCUGCGGGUGGCGCUGUGGUCUAAACCACUGAGCCUCUUGGGCUUGCCGAUUGAAAGGUAAGUGGUUAGAAUCCCCGCGACAGAGUGUGCUCCCAUUGCUCUGACCCAGCUCCUUUCGAACCUAGCAGUUCGAAAGCACACCAGUGCAUGUAGAUAAAUAGGUACCGCUGUGGUGGGAAGGUAAACGGCAUUUCCAUGCGCUCUGGCUCCUGUCACGGUGUCCUGUUGCGCCAGUAACGGUUUAGUCAUGCUGGCCACAUGACCCGGAAAGCUGUCUGUGGACAAAUGCCAGCUCCCUCAGCCUGAAAGCAAGAUGAGCGCUGCAACCCCAUAGUCGACUUUGACUGGACGUAACUGUCCAGGGGUCCUUUACCUCUACCUAUACCCAUGUGCCUUCCAUGUGAGUAAUGUGUGAACAGAGCUUUUAGGCAAGGCUUAUUGCAUAGCCUCUAAAAUAUUUAACAGCUAAAACUUAUUUCUAAUAGUUUCCCCAGCCUAGCCCAUCCACAGGGCUGAGUGACUGGUGUCUAGCUAUCUACUGUCAUGCCUUCCACUCAAGUUGCAUACGUAGUAGAUUUAGGGCUGAAAAAUUUGUGUUAGUGUUAAGUACUCAGAUCCAAAGUGAAUAAAUAGUUGGGCCAUGUCUGAAUGUGGAAGAGCAAUCAAACAUACACUCCAGACACUGUAGGAUUCAUAAAUGCAGUUCAGAACAAUUUAAGCCUCACUUAUGAAAAUGCCAUCAGAAAAGAUGUUUCGUGCUGACUAGGGAUUUCCAAGGUCACCUCAUCCACAUCAGCACUUUGCAUAUAAAAUGCUCCUCAGUCCUGUCCCACUGUUUGACAUGGCUGAAGUACUACCUCUAAGCAUUGUAUGUCUGUGUUCCCAGGUGAGGAGGUCUGGAAAUCGACUUGUGUUUCUGGUGUCAAAUAAAGAAACCGAUCAGUAUUACAAGAGGCAGAACAUGCAGCUGAGGAGAGAAACGGCAAGUUUGAAAUUAUUGCCCCACAAACCCCGAAGGCUGGAGCUGGCAAAAGGAAAAAAUGGUUAUGGAUUCUACCUGAGAAUGGAACAGAAUGGUAAAGGUAUGGUCUAUCUUAUUACAUUCAUGAAACACCUUCUCUCAUACAAGUGUGAUGAAUAUGUGCAAAAAUUAUAAAAUUCAUUAAAAAUCGCAUUUGUACCACGGCUCUCCAUUUGUGGAAUACACAUUUAUAUAUCAGACAAAAACAUUCUUCUUCAAUCAGGCCUUUGACUAACACCCUAUAUCCUUUUAAAUGUGCUCGUAGGGAGGGAGUGGGGGGUUAUUUGCUUGCCGUUGUUGUUUUCUUGUUUUUAUUAUGUAUUUUGUGUUUUUCUCUUGUAAUUUUAUGCUGUUAACUGCCCUGAGAGCUACAGAUGAAGGGUGGUAUACAAAUUUAAUAAAUAUAUAACAAUCACAUUCACUCAAUAAAAGGUAAUUCAGUAGCAGCAGCAAAAAUAAUUGCUAGAUACCCCCCCAUAUGACUGUGUGAACAGAUGUGCUUUAUGCUGUCAUCUUAAAAAUGGCAGGUGGGGAUAGAGCAUUAUUUAUGUGGUCUAAUCCAGCCUGGAUCAUCUAAUGUUCUUAAUAGAAAAUGAUUUUCCUGAGUUCAUAAUUAAACAGAAUUCAGAUCUGAGAAAUCUGGAGCCCAAUCAGUUUCUUUCACCUGGAAAAUGCUGCAUUCCCAUUUGGCUGCUAGUGUAACUCGCACUUCUUGAGAAGGCAGCAUUCUGUGAGGUAGUCAAAGAACAUUAAAAGCCCUAAGCCACAGGUAUGGUCUUAAACAAAAACCCACUAAGGCACUUUACCAAGUAUCAGGCCUUUCUUAUUUUUGUGUACAGGUCACUUAAUUAAGGACAUUGAUUCUGGCAGCCCGGCAGCCGAAGUUGGUCUCAAGGACAACGACAUCCUGGUGGCUGUCAAUGGAGAGUCGGUUGAAGCACUGGACCACGAGGCUGUCGUGGAGAAAAUCAGGAAGUCUGGUGAAAAGACUGUGCUGCUGGUGGUGGAUGACGAAACCGACGCCAUGUACAAAAUGGUAACAGACACAGUUGCGCACAAGCACGACUAACUUGGAAGUCACAUGAUGAGCAAAACGAUGGGGGUAAUCAGACAGCUGCAGCUAUCUGUAGUUACAUAGUGCAAGCAUAGAAAUUGGUAACAUAUGCAGAGAAUGCCAACUUUAAUUCUUUUUAUAAGCAAGUUUCUAAGUUGGAAGGAUUAGCCUGAAAGUCUGGCGGAGAUUCAGAAGCCACAGGUGGAAGCUGAGAAGGCUUGGCAGGGUGUGGAACUUCCUACAUUGCUAUAUUUUCCCUCCCCUUUUGGCAAAAUGAGUCAUACCAAAUUAGCAAAUAUAUACCAGCUCCUCUUUUCCUGGUGAAGAAUUCUGAUUAUCUGUAUGCAAUCUUUCAAUUUUUGAAAAAUGCAUGGAAUAUUGCCAGCUGAACAUAUAGGCGCCAAGUAGGUAUAGAUGCAUUUAUAUUAUUUUGCUUAUGUUAUAAAUUGUUGGAGGCUAUUUGUGUGUUUUUUUUGGGGGGGGAUAGAUAUAAAGUAUUUAAUGACAUGACUCAAAGCAGAGUAAAAUGUUCACUCCUUCUUCAACAGUUGGAGGGUCAAAAUGUCAUAGAGCCAGUUUAUUCCACCCACACAAAUUCCUGCAUCAUUCUCUGCGGUGUGCUUAUAAAUUGAUAGGAUAUAGGGAGCGGAGGAAAGGAGGGACUGAAUGUGUCUGUCAUCUGCUAUUACGGAAGAGAGAAGCAAGAGAUUUGCAAAUAUUUAGUGGAAAAUAUUGCUCAUUAUAUCCCAAAAUGUGUGAGGGAGGUUUUAUCGUCGCACGAUGUUUGGUAGCAAUGUGUAUUUUGCAAUAAAUGCUUUUUUCCCCCUUUUGGUUACUAAGGCUAAGAUAUCCCCAUGCCUCUACUAUCACACAACACCGGUGCAAUCUCCAUGUGAGGCUGAAGUGCCAACAUGUCAUACGGCGAAAGAGCAUCACAAGCCCAGACUCUGCUAUCUGGUAAAGGGUCCCAGUGGCUUUGGCUUCCGUCUGAAUGCCAUCAAAGGUUUGCCUGGCCAGUUCAUCAAAGAGGUAUUAAUCUAAUCCAUAUGCUGGUGAAAUAAACAUGAUGCCAAAUAUGAGCAGCAGCUUCCCAACCCUUCUGUCCAGAGGUGCACAAUGCAGGGACCACUUUCAGUCUAGCCUUGCCCCAGGCUUGCACUUUUUGCUGCUGCAUGGCCACAAGGAGGAGCAUGAAAGACUCAUGCACAAUAUUAAGAGUUGAAAGAAGCUUUUAAAAAUUAUUUAAAUUUAUAUAAUUACAGUUAUAGCAAAAAGUCACCCAUUCUGUGUAUAUAUUACAUCAUGCUUAGGUUAGACAUCAACGCCAGUCCUCUUUUAUGAUGCAAAUUCUGAUAAAUACAAGGAAUCAAAGUUUUCUAAACAAUUCAUAUUAUUUCUUCCAUUCCAUAACUGUUUAGAUCACAUUCAGUUACUCCGUACUGUUAAGCCCCAGAUUUUUUCCCUCACCACUGAUCUAUUGACAGCAUUCUAUCCAUUUUUCAUGCCAUGGUUAGCAGCUGCAAGCAUAUGAAACCCCAAACCUGUGCAUUGGACAGUAUCUUGAUGUUUCACGAAUUGCCACCAGAAAUCGACAGCCAAUUAUUUCUUUGACAUUCACUUGAAUUCCAUCCAAAUCUUGCGAUGUCUUAUUCUCGUCGUUUUUUAACUUCACGUCAAACCUUCUCUCGGGACCUUAUCCAUUUCUGUGCUACCACUUCUUUUGUGCCACCUGCUAGCUAAGAACGUGACCAUUGAUUUUGUUUUCAAACUCCCAUGCUCUAAAUCCACAUGUGAAAAUAAAUAAAAGUAAAAACCGCUCUCUGAAGCAUCACUACAGCUGUGCUUAAAAGAGGGUGGGUGGUGCUUCAUAGAGAGGGUUGGCAAAGUGCUCUCUGAAGAGCUCCCCCAGCUAAAAAUCACUGUAGUCAUAUUUAAAGGAAGGUUGGGGUGAGCUGGGAGGGGGUAGGCUAUGGGUGGGUGAGAUGUAAAGGGAGUAGGGGUUGGCAGGUAGGUGGGGUUGGUGAGCACAGCAAGCAAUGGCAGCACCCCCGGGAAGGAAAUACCAUCUCACUAUUUUUAACUAUUGCAUUUCAUUAAUUGUAUCUUCACAGUGUACAAAGCUUCCUAGCCUGCAGUAAUUUAGUGGUCAGAACUACCCCUUACCAUACUCUGCCCACCCACUUUCAAGCAAUAAAAUGCCUGGCUUUUUAAUACGAUAUAAUUUCAGGUAAAGGAGGGUGGCCCAGCAGAAAGAGCAGGGCUGCAAAUCGAUGACAUCUUAAUAGAAGUCAACGGUGCAAACGUGGAGAAUGAAGAUUAUGACGAUGUCGUGGCAAGAAUCCAUGAUGGUGGAAACAAGCUGAAACUAGUAGUAUGUGGAGAAGAAGCUUAUCAGUACUUCAAGGCCCAGAAUAUGCCCAUCACUGCCCCCAUGGCAGAUCCACCAGACAGCAGUAGUGACCCUCCUGCUUACACAGAGAUACAAGCCCCAGAGCCAGAUGGACCAUUGCCAGAACCACGAGAGAGGGUGAGUUACCUUCUUUAUAAAGGCUGAGGAAAGGGAUCUGCUCAAGGUUGCAGUCUUAAGUUUGCUUAUUUGGACAAAAACCUAAAUUAAAUCACUGGUAUUCAGUUCCAAGUUUAUAUGGCUAGGUUGCAAAUAAGUGGUCCUAUGAUUUGGCCAGAACAACUAUGGACAUGGCAUGGCUGGGCUUAUGCUCAGACUAUGCUUAAAUCACAGAAUGACUAAGCCUUGUGGUUAUACUGCUAAUAAUGCUCAGUUAUUGCUGUUUCUUCUGACCUGGUUUGCACGUAACUUUAAGCCAAACCAUGGCUUAGCGUGAACAAGCAAAUGUGCUAGUUCCGGGGGGGGGGGGGUUGUGCCCUCAGCACUCUUCCCCCAGCCCUGCUGCUGCUAUGCUCCUUAGAGCUAAGCUAUGGUUUGGCUGAGUGUUACAUCUGAACCCAUUUUUUCUGGUUUCCUGCUCUUGGUUUGUCUCAAGGAGACAAACCACAAGGCCAGAAAUUUGCACAUUUCCUUGUUCGUGCAAACUGGGCCAAUAUUCCAGACUAGAUCAGACUGCUGCUGGGAGCAUUUCUUACUUGUUUACUGUUUUUUUCUCUCUAGGCUAACUCGUCCUCCUCUUCACUCUCAGUUGCUUCUGAAGAUGAUGAUACCAAAUUGUAAUGCCGGGGUCAAGUACCUUCCCAUGGUAGUGCCCAAAAGGGAGUAGUAUUCUGAAGCAGAGUUACAAAUAUUACUGCUUAGAAAAUGUUGGCUACUCUCUUGUGCAUGCUUACUUGAAACAAAGGCCCAUUGAACAAACAAACAUGUAUAGGAUUGGACUGCUAGAUAACAUGGCUUUCAGGUGAGGAAGGGAUCCUACUGGAUUCCGACCUCAUUUUUGUUAAGCUGCAGGCUUUUUCCAUGUGGACCAGGACUGCAUGCAUUAAGAAUGUUACUGUGUUGAUUGCAGCCAAAGCUUCCUAAUGGAAAAUGGUGAGUGAAUACCUACCAUGCAUAUGUACACUUACUAUAUCCCAAUUAAAUCAAUAAUCAUUCUUAUUAACAUUUAUUGCUCAUAUAAUUUGAACCAUUAACCAAAGCAACUAUUAAUGUGUAGUCAUUUUAGUACAAACUAAUUUUAGGCUUUGUUGCCCAACAUUUGAACACUUUGAAAACAUUGCAGUGUAUCAGUUAUGGACUGGCAUAUCUACAUUGGUUGCUUUCACAGUAUUAAUUCCAUUUUAAGUUUUAAAAUAAAUUGUUUCACGGUAGUCU